AUGCAUUUCACUCGGGAGGCUUAUUGGAGGUUUUGCUCUCACUGGCUGGGAAUAAACCCCCUAAAGAGGACGAUUGGUACCCGGGUACCUCUAGUGGUACCCUGGUACCGCCUUCAUUUUGCUCAGAAAUGGACACCAGGUACCUCACCUGGCACCCCCUGGCAGGAGCCAGGUGGGUCUGGACCAAAGAUUCAGCUUAUAAAGAGGGAACACAGCAGUCGAGAGUUCAGCCAGAUGUCUAAUUCAGGUUAUUCAUCUGAAUUAUCAGACACAGAGGCCAAGAUUCCAGAACCAGACUCUUCAUUCAUAUCAACAGAGAUAUCAGAAGGAGAACUGAAGAAAUACAUAGAAAAUGUCAAUCCACUUUAUAAGAAAGACAUUCUUUUCCCAGAUUCAAAAAAACUUGAAUCAUGCUAA